CAGCAUCGCGAUUACAUAAUAUCACACUCUAAUAGGUAACCCUCCUAAGGUAGGGUCGGUCCUCGGUAGGGCCGGCCGUCAGCUGGCAGAGAGCGGCAGAGAGUGGGAGACUCAGAGGUACCUCUAGUACCUACUAGAUACGUACCUUGGGCGGGCGGGUACAGACAAUAUAACACCGAGGAACACCGUGAGAGGUACCUAACCUACCUAUACAACUCGGUAUCAUUGGUACCUAAUGGUAGGGUGACAGGUGACUGUACCUAGGCUGGGAGGCACCCGUGUACCUCACGUAAGAGUAGGAGCUUGCCUGUAUGAGUACCUAGGCAACGCCCUCACCACCACCCCUUCACGAAAAGGAGGAAACAGAAAGAGAGAAAGACAGAAGGAGAGAGAAGAGCAAGGAGAAAUCCUGGGGGGACAUGGGGGACUGCCGCGUCGCUGUCGAAUACCUAUCCGCCGGUGCCAACAGGCACACCGCCGUCGCCGAUUGGAGCCCGGACGGCCUCGUCGCCUUCGGUGCUGGCUCCAACGUCGCCCUCUGGCGGCCCCAUGGCUCGCGACCCCGAGGUAUAACCAGUCUCCUCUCGGGACAUAAGGAUGUCGUCAAGGCCGUUAGCUUCCUCCCCGCGCUCGACGGAGAGUCCCGGACGUAUCUGCUUACCGGCGCCGACGACCAAUGUCUGAGGAUCUGGGUCCUCCCCGCUGACCGCCGCCUGGAUCCCGACCCUAGUUCCGGGUCAGGUGCCGUCGCCUGCAUCCAGACCGUGCAGGCCCACGCCGCCCCGAUUAACUGCAUAGCCAUCCUCCGUGAAGGAAGACUACAAGGCACGGCGCUCAGGCUAUUUGCUACGGGGGCCGCAGAUGCCUCCAUAAAGCUGUGGGCAUUCGACGGAAACCAGGCUCGCUUGCUGCAGACCAUCCAGACUAGCCCCAAAUACUUCCCGCUCUCGAUAGCGUUAAGCCGUCUCGCUCGCGAUGAAGAAGAAGAAGUAUUAGUGCUGGCCGCUGCCGGAACCAGGAACACCAUCCAAGUCUUCGUCGCCGGCCCGGGGACCAACACCGAAUUCCAACACGAGGCGACUCUGUCCGGACACGAGGGCUGGGUUCGCUCUCUAGACUUCGCGCGCGAAGACGAUGCCCCCGGUAGCGACCUCAUCCUGGCGUCGGCGAGUCAGGACAGGUAUAUCCGCCUGUGGAGGUUCCACCAGGGCAAGGACCUACCCGCGCCCGCGGCCGGUACCGACCCGUCCAUGGGCGCAUUCCUCCCCGGCAAGUCCCCUUCCAACAAGGCCCACAGGCUGAAGGUCGCCGAAAAGCAGUAUUCCAUCACUUUCGAGGCGCUGCUACUAGGUCACGAUGACUGGAUCUACAGUGCCAAAUGGUACUCGGACCCUCCCAAUGGGAUACUCCAGCUCCUCUCAACCUCGGCAGACAACACGCUAGCUAUAUGGGAGGCGGACCGAACCUCGGGCAUCUGGGUCACGACGGUCAGGCUCGGUGAGAUUAGCAGAGAGAAAGGCGCGACGACGGCGACAGGCAGUACCGGUGGGUUUUGGACGGGGCUCUGGUCUCCGGACGGAUCUUCGGUGGCGUGCCUCGGACGGACGGGUAGCUGGAGGUGGUGGAGUCAUAGUAGAGAGCCAACACAGUGGAUCCCGCGCGUUGGUAUCAGCGGCCACACCAAGGCAGUCACCGGGAUAGCGUGGUCUCAAAAGGGCGACUACCUGCUCUCAACGAGCACCGAUCAAACGACGCGGCUGCACGCAAGCUGGAGUCGGGGGGCCGGCCAACGAACCUGGCACGAGAUGGCUCGUCCGCAGAUCCACGGCUACGACCUUAACAGCAUCGACUCGCUCGGGGACACCAGGUUCGUGUCAGGUGCCGACGAGAAGCUGAUGCGCGUCUUCGACGAGCCGAAGGCCGUGGCGAGGCUCCUUGGCAGUCUGUGUGACAUCGACAGUGACCACAUCGAGGCAAUGCCGGACGCUGCCAAUAUGCCGGUACUCGGCCUCUCGAACAAGGCCGUUGACGCUGUCAACGACGAUCAGGAGGGAGGAAGGGGGGAGGAUCAGAUCCGAGCGGCCGGCCCCGAUCCCGAUCCCGACCGGAUGGUCCGCAGAUCUGUGCUCGAGAUCGACCACCCUCCGCUCGAGGACAGCCUGUCACGGCACACACUCUGGCCCGAGAUCGAGAAGCUCUACGGCCACGGCUACGAGAUCUCCUGCCUGGCCGUGAGCCACGACGGGACCCUCAUCGCCAGCGCGUGCAAGGCAAGCUCUGUCAACCACGCGGUCAUCCGCCUCUUCGAGACGGAGCGGUGGACUGAGGUGAAGCCGCCGCUGACGGCCCACUCUCUCACCGCGACGCGGCUGCGAUUCUCUCCCGACGACCGGCAUCUGCUCAGCGUCGGGCGGGACCGACAAUGGGCGGUCUUCGAGAGGGACGACGGCGGCACGCCCGGCAGCUACGGGCUCCUCCAGUCUAACCUCAAGGGCCACUCGCGGAUGAUCCUCGACGCGGCGUGGUCGCCGCGGGCGGCCGACUCCGACUCCUUGGUGUUCGCCACCGCCGGCCGCGACAAGCAAGUCAAGAUAUGGAGGAGGGAAGGAUCGCCGAGUCCCAACUCGACGGACACUACCGGUGGUAGUAUCUCGUGCGCGACUACGAUACCAGAAACUCACCCGGUCACCGCCGUGGACUUCCUAAACUCUAUCGCCGCCGGGGGAGGGACCAUGGUCCUCGCCGUAGGGACCGAGGUCGGCAAGAUCUCGAUAUAUACGCUCGACGAGACGUCCCUCGGUGUACGCUCAGCGCUACAUCUAACGCCAGAACUCUGGCCCGCGAAGGCCGUCCUGCAACUCGCGUGGAGGCCGCGGCGGAGGAGGAGAGAGCUGGCGAUAGCCGCGGAAGACGGUUCGCUCAGGGUAUACGCCUUCUUAGAGGAAAACAGCAAUCCAUGAGGCUCAUUCCCGUAUAACCCCCCGCCCCAAAUGUG